AUGCAAUCUAAUAAUAAUAAUAAUAGUAACAAAGAUAAUAUAUUUGUCAAUUUACCUAUCUUGUUAAUUGAAAGUAUAGUUAAUAGAAUAAAAGAGAAUAUAGAUAAAAUAUGCUUUACUUUUGUUUGUAAGAGAUUCUUUGAUUUAAGAGAGAAAUACUUGUUGUUUGAUUCAAAUACAAUCAAUCUCAAAUAUGAAAAUCUCUAUCUCAACUCUUUUAAAUCAAUCUACGAGAAUUCUUUGAAAUCAAAAGAUAAUUGUGUUCUCUCAAAUAGUCAUGGUGAUGAUUAUGAUGUAACAGACUUUGACAAUGUAAAUAAUAAUGAAAGUGCUAUGUUGCUACAUCAUUCCAAUGUUAAAAACUUCAAAUAUUGCGAGACAUUACAAUAUCCACUACCACCGAAACUAAAGAAACUCAGAUUUGCAUACGAUUUCAAUGAGGGUUUACAUUGUGGAUCUUUCCCUGAUGGUGUAGAAGUUAUAAAGUUUGGAGAGAGGUUUACCAAAUCGAUUGAACCAGGUGUUCUACCAGUGUCAUUGAAGAAGCUAUCAUUUGGAAAUGAUUAUAGAGCUCCUUUGGUUCCAGGAUCGUUGCCACCCAAACUUGAAGAACUGAAAAGCCAUUUGUCACCUAUUACAGCCAAUAUAUUACCACACACUCUUCGAGUAUUGAAGUUUGUACCGAUAUCAUGGAUGUCAGUGAUUAAAGAACUUCCAAACUUGGAAGUAUUGCAUUUCGAUGAUUCAAAUAAUGUCGAUGAAGAUGUCAUGCAAGUAGAUCUUAGUGAAAUACCUAAAUCAGUAACCGAUUUGGCAUUUAUCUCUGAUUACACAUUGACAUCAGCACUUCCAUUGACAAUCAAAAAAUUUACAAUGCAUGAUGACAAAUUUUUCAAACACGAAGAGCUAUUCCCACCAACUGUUAAUUAUGAUUUGGAUUCAUUGGAGUUGUGGAUGUCUGUGUCACUGCCAAGUAACGUCAAGGUGAAGAAGAUGACCAUUGUAACAUACUCACUAACAUUGGUUGCUGGACAAAUCAAAGAAGCAUAUGGUAUUGAAUCAUUGGAUAUCAGUCGUUGUAGCAUUUAUGAUUUCAAAGAAGGAUUUCUACCUUCGACUGUUAAGGAAUUGAGAAUCAUUGUCAGUAGCUUUGAAAGAGAAAUAACACUUCCGGAAACACUUGAAACCAUGAUAUUGGUCAACAGUAACCGAUCCAAUGCAAACAAGUUGAUCAUCCCACGAUCGGUCACAACAGUAGUUGUAGAAUCGGAUUUAAGUGACCUAAGUCUUGAUAUGAUACCACCGACAGUCAAUCAAAUUUUCAUCACCAAAAAAUACAACCACAGCAAGCAUUGUGAAAUUCGAAAGUUUGACAAUGAUCACUACCUUGUUUUUGGUAAACCUGGAGAACUCAAGUUCAUUGGCACUCUAUUUCAUCGAUCUUUAUUACCAAAUAUAUUUAGAUUAAUAUUAAUAGGUCUAAUAAAGAAAAUGAUGAAAAAGUUGGGUUCUUUGCAAAUUUUAUAA